AUGGAUAAAAUUAAACUAAGUGAUGAUGUAUUUGAACGAAUAAAAGAUUUUGUCAAUUGGAAUUUGACUAAAGAACAAAAUUCAUUAAUUGAUAAACUAAUAACAGACGAAAAAUUAAAAGAACUUUAUAAAGAACAUGGUUUAUGUAAAGAAUGUAAGCAGCCUAAUACUAGUUAUUAUAGUUGUUGGCCAUGUAUUUUACAACAUUUUAAACAAAAUUUCAAAAAUUGGACAAGUGGAAAUCAUGAUAUUGAUGAAUUUAUUAAAAAAGUACAAUUAAAAGCUAAACAUGUAGAUCAAAUCGUAGAGUGGAUUGAAUAUGAUAAAUUUGAAGAUGUUGAAUAUUUAGCAAAAGGGGGAUUUGGAACUACUUUUAAAGCAGUUUGGAAAGAUGGAGAUAUUCGUGGAUAUGAUGAUCAAUGGAAAAGAAAAGGUGAAACAAAAGUUGCUUUAAAAUGUUUAUAUAAUUCACAAGAAAUUACAGCAGAUUUUUUAAAAGAAAUUGAAUCAAAUAUUUUAGUAUAUUCUUCUGGUUGGACAGUUCGUUGUUUUGGUAUUACCAAAGAUCCAAAAACAAAUAAUUUUAUGAUGGUAAUGGAAUUAAAAGAUGGUAAUUUAAGACAACAUUUAAAUAAUAAUUUCAUUUCGCUGAGUUGGGACCAAAAAUUGUGGAGUUUACAAAGUAUUGCAAAUGGUCUUAAAGAUAUUCAUAAUAAAGGAUUAAUCCAUCAUGAUUUUCAUUGUGGGAAUAUAUUAAGUAAUUUUGGUCAAAAAGCUUUUAUUACCGAUUUAGGAUUAUGUCAACCAGCAAAUGCCAAAUCCUCUCAAAAUAGUAAUAAAGAAAUAUAUGGAGUAUUACCUUAUGUAGCACCAGAAGUUUUAAGAGGAAAAGAAUAUACACAAGCAAGUGACAUUUAUGGAUAUGGAAUUAUUGCAUAUGAAAUUUGUACAGGUUUCCCUCCUUAUUAUGAUAUGGCUCAUGAUGAAUUCUUAACAAUGAAAAUUUGCAAUGGGCUGAGGCCAAAAUCCAAUUAUAAAAUUCCUCAAUUAAUUUUUGACAUCAUUAAUCAAUGUUGGGAUGCUGACCCUUUAAAACGACCUAAUGCGGGUGAAUUGCAAGAAUUAACAUAUAAAUUAUAUAAUGAUGUCUUUAAAGUGGAUUCUGUAAUUUAUGGACAAGUUAAAGAAACAGAUGAUAUUAAUAAAAAGUUAUUGUCUUCAAUAGUUCAAUCACCAUCAUCAUCUACCAGUAAUCUCUUAUAUACAACACAUCCUCAAGCAGUUUAUACAAGUAGACUUUUGGAUUUUAAAAAUCUUCCAGAAUCCAAAAAUGUGGACAAUGAUGAUUUAGAAUAUUCAGUUUCCUUAAAAAUGGAUUUUACUAAACUUGAUAUUAAUUCUAAAGAUGAAGGAAAUUAA